UUUUCAUCGAUCAAUCAGACGAAAGGAAUUAUACAUCAUGGUGUGCAGAAAAAGAAGAAAUGAAAAAUUGAACGAAUACCAGGUGAUUGGCCGUAAGCUUCCCUCGGAUAAGGAGGUUUCUCCUAAGCUUUACCGCAUGCGCAUCUUUGCUCCCAACACUGUUGUUGCCAAGUCCCGUUUCUGGUACUUCCUCAAGAAGCUCCGUAAGGUCAAGAAGGCUGCUGGUGAAAUUGUUUCCAUUAACCAGAUCUCCGAGAAGCGCCCUGAGCAGAUCAAGAACUUUGGUAUCUGGCUCCGCUACGAUUCCCGCUCUGGAACUCACAACAUGUACAAGGAGUACCGUGAGAUGUCUCGUUGCGAGGCCGUUGCCACCUGCUACCAGGAUAUGGCUGCUCGCCACCGUGCUCGCUUUAGAUCAGUCCAGAUUAUUCGUGUUGCUGAGGUCAAGAACGCCGAUGUCCGUCGCCAGUACAUCAAGCAGCUUUUGACCCCCAAGCUUGCUUUCCCCCUUCCUCAUCGCGUUCAGCGUGCCGAGAAGGGCAACCGUUCUCUUUACUUGGCCAAGCGUCCUUCCACUUUCUAUUAAAUAUCAUAAAGAAGUGUUGUAUUAUGGGCCAGUUUGAUAUAUACAAUUUUUUGUUAAAAAAAACUUCUUUAUUCCUUUGAUC